AUGUCGGAUCAAAUUGAAGCUCUGAUUAAGAAAAUUUCAAAGCAACCCAGAAAUGAUAUCGUGGCAGAGUUAAUUGGGAAGGGAGAUAUUGACAGCUUGACGCAAUUUAGAUUAAAAUUAGUCGAGAAAGGGAGGUAAUUUGAGACCUUCCCAAAAGGUGAUCCUUAUACUAGAAGAAAACCGAAAGGAUGCAGCAAUUUCUCGACCUUGGAAGAACGUUUGGCAAAUGAUAUUUGUGAAAUGCACGAGAACUUUAAUACCAGGGUUGUCACAAUGGGGUUAAAGGACAUGUUCAAAAACGAAAAUGGAUUAUCCGAUCUAUCAGUUGUCAGUGAAUCAGGUGUGGUAAACACAAUUCACUGGUGUAGUGACGCUGAAGCAGGUGCAGAGAAACCACUCAGUCAAGUUACCCCAAGUCAAGCGGAUGGUUUGUCAACACCGGGUGAAGCGAGGAAAUGUUGA